AUGUUUCGCCAAAGAACAAGCGCCCAAAAACCCGGCGAUGAACUGCUGGCCACCUUUCGAAGGCAGUUCCCCGAGGUAGCUGUCACGACCACAGCACCGGUCGACGCUCAGAGCGUUGCCGUUGACAAUACCGCUAUUGUCCCGACGAUCCCAGGAGUUCAAGAAAGAAGCCACAGCCUCAGUCAUGAAGCUUUCAGGGACCAGGACCCGACUCCGAGAGCCACGAAUGAGCCUUGGAGAUUCACGCCUUCGCUGCUUGACCCAAAUUCAUUCUCCUUUACCAACUUCGCUAAUGCGCCGCCCGGUUAUUACACUCCCACACCGGGAGGGACUAAUACCAUUUACCACCCGCAAGCUGGCGAUCUGCACACUCCCACUCUGGGGCUCGGUAUGGGCCUUGGAACCCCGUUGUCGAUGCCAACGUCGGAGGGCGCGAUGAACUCCGGACAACCCAUGAUGGACCUUGCCGGUUACCAUCAGGGAAUGCACCCCCAACACUUCCAACAGCCGUUCAACCCGUUCAUUCAGCCUGCCGCGCCUCAGCAAUCCUUUGCGCCCUCAACGUUUGUGCACCAAGACACCGGCUAUGAAACUAUGGAACAGGAUGGGUCACCAAUGAAUUCCGACCCGUCUGAAGAACGAAUGGCCUCUAUCGACAGCGCGUUUCACAACUCGCCCAUGGUUGGUUUCCAGGGACGUCAGUUUGGAGGAAUGCCCAUGGCCGCAGCUCUCCCGCCAUCCGCCGAGAAGUUUCGCUUCCAUGCGACUCUCAAUGCUCCCACUGCCAUGAUCAAACACGCGGAUGAGAUUCCCGUGACAUAUCUCAACAAAGGCCAAGCGUACUCUCUUUCCAUUAUCGAUACCAACGCGACGAUACCGGUGGCCCCAGGAACCAGGUUCCGCACCUUUGUACGAAUCUCCUUUGAAGACGAGCAACAACGACAGAAGCCCGGUGUGUGCUGGGCCUUGUGGAAGGAGGGAAGAGGCACGAAUGAGGCCCACCAGAGAGGCGGCAAGUUGCAGGCCGUGGAGUAUGUCGAAGCGGGACAGCCAACUGAGGGUGACGACAAAAGAACCCGCGUGGAGCUCGAGUCAGCGUCUUUCGACGGCUUUUCGGUUGUCUGGACCCCUGGCAUCAACGGCGCUCCCGAAUGCAACAUUGCCGUUCGCUUCAACUUCUUGUCCACCGACUUCAGCCAUUCCAAGGGUGUCAAAGGCAUUCCUGUGAGGCUUUGCGCCAAGACUAGCACCUUCCCGUCCGACCCCACGCAGCCAGCCGCGGAUGCCAACCCCGAGAUUUGCUUCUGCAAGGUUAAACUAUUCCGUGACCACGGCGCUGAACGAAAACUCUCCAACGACGUGGCUCAUGUCAAAAAGACAAUCGACAAGCUGAAGCAACAGAUCGCGCAAGCGGAAAGCGGCAUGAAAGACUUUGGGAAGCGCAAGAGAUCAAGCGCCGCGGCACAGGUCAAGGGCGUGGACCAGCGGCCUGGGAAAGUGCAGAAACAUAAAAGGACGUGGUCCAUGUCUUCAGCCAGUUCAGCCGGCGGCGGGGCUCGUCCUCCUCUCGAAGAAGACUUGCAUUUCAAGCUCCAGACACUGCAGGAUAUGUUUACUAGCACCCGGCCCGUCAGCCUACUCUACCUACGCGGCGAAGAUCUCGACGACCCCGACCUACAUCCCGUCUCACUCCCUGGAGAGCAGGGUGAUCUCGCCAAAGUCGAGUCCCGUGAGGGCCCGGCGUGGCAAGCUCGAAGUGGCCGCAGCUCCGUUGCAGGCUCUUCUCUGGUCUCGCCAUCGCCGAGCUCCCUGUCCCUGGCCUCUCAAGCUUCAGCAGCGCCCAACCGACAGUGGUCGGGUUUCGACGGCGAGGGUUCGGGAGAGCCUGGUUCUCGACAAGGCUCGGACCAGCCAACCAAGGUCACCAAAACGGACGAUGCUGGUAACCUGAGUGGCUGGAUUGAGGCCCUGGGCGUGGACCCGUCGUACCGUCCGCCUCCCGAGCGCGUGGUGAAGCCUGCAGCCUGCUUCUACGUUAUGCGGCCCAACACAUCCGAGCCAGAGAAGCGAGUCUACUACCGGGCCAUCUACGUGGCUCAGAGAAACUUGAAAGACUUCAACUACCGCGUGGCCGUCAAAUGGAACAUCGACCCCUCCAAGGUUCUGCGGACUGUCCAUGUGCUCGAUCGCGGACUCGAGGUUGAAAUGGAUGACGACGUCAUCCAAGAGCUGAGAGAAGGCCAAGACAUGAUGCUUGAUAUCAAGGAAAUCGCGCCCGGCGAUUCCGUGCAGCCCAAACGCGAAUGGGACAUGGUCGUCGACCCCAACGACGGCGACGCCAUGGACCACUCGUCCACCCAAGGCGGCUACGAAUUGCGCCUCAAAUUUUAA